AUGGCUGACCAUGAUGCCUCGUGGCAUGACUCACAAUCAGGACAUCCCAAGGCCCACCCUUCUACUGGAUCGAGAAGAUCACUGUUUCGAGGCAAGAAAGGAAAAAGACUAAGCGAAACUGGAGUCGUUGGUGGUGAUGAUUAUGAGGGAGAUGCCAGUGAAAGGCGAACGUCGCUACUACGAAAAGCUAGAAGAAGCGGCAAUCAGCCUGAAGACAGUGGAAGCCUGAUCAGCCGCAUCUCCAGUCCAUUUGACUUUCAACAUCUCUCACAUACCGAUCGACAUCAAUUCGCUGCUCUUGAGCACACUGCCAAUGAAAAACUAGGUCCCGGAUCUUUUCCGGGACGAACCUCGCAACCCUAUCAGCAAAGCUCUACGCCAACCAACGAUUCCUUCUUCAGCAACUUCUCUUCGGAAAACCUCAAUGCUGAAAACAGGUCGUCAGUGACAUUGAGCAUCGGCUCACCGCCUGAUAGCCCUCAAGCAACCUUUGCUGCUGACAAUGCUCCGCAGUUCUCAAACUCGCGACGACCACUCCGACUAGCCAGGUCGAUAGAAAGCUUCUCCCAGCCUGGUGUCAGCCCUCGCAAAUACAGUCUCACGACGUCGCCUGUGCCAACAACCCGCAUCCCCCUAGACCCCACCUCUGAAGACAAGAUAUCUGCCGCGCGCAGACUGUCUCGACACAAGCGAGAGUCUGGUAUCUGGGAUUCUUUCUCCUUAUCUGCUGGAACCACUCCGGAUCUUCCAGAGAUUGAAGAAGAUACAUCCUACUUUGGCCAUGCUUUGACAACACCCGACGAUUCUGCUAUUCAUGCAGCCACGCCCCCAUUUAGCCCUAGUCUUGCCGACGUUGCUGAGGAACCAGAGCGCUUUGUUAGCCCAAGACCUGCACCACAACCACCUCUGAGAACACCAAGCUCACCAAAAUCGUCGUAUUUCGGAUCAUUCUCCUUCCAGAACCAACAGUCGCCUCCGAGCAACAGGACGAACCCUCGAGCACAAUUCGAUGUCUCGCCCAGAGCAGAGCCUUCUCAUUCGCGAUCCUCGUCACAGCAGUCCGACACCUUGGGCUCUGCUAAUUUCGCCCGCAGAAGGUCCGUUCGAAGGCCCUCUCACCGUCGUCAAUCCAACACGUGGCGCGCAAUUGAGGAGUCAUGGGAAGAAGACGUUGAUUACAUCUACGAUAAUGCACUGGAAGCUGAAUGCGACUUGGAGUGGGAUCGUGCAUCUGACCAUGGUGCGGACGACGUACAAAUCCCAGCUAUUGCAUACGCACACAACAAUCGCGAAUCUCGAGUAAUUCCUAUCGACCGCGAGAACCGUCUACAUGUCAACUUCCGCUCUUCCUUGCUUGUCCCUAGCACAAACAGUGUACCAGAGCUUGACCCUGCUUCUGCCAUAUCUACUUCCACACUCGGCACAGGACUGCCUACCACGCCAUCUGAUCUCUACAGCGCCAAUCACUACGGUCACGAGACUGGCUUCAUAAGUCCCUCUCUGUUGGUGCCUCAGGAGUAUAAGGAUACUCGGGACGUGACCUAUGAGGAUCUCCUAGACGAAUACGCUGGAUCAGACCGUCACUUCCCAAUGCUUGACAACGGCCGGAGCACUACCAGUUCCGCGCGCAGCAGCCACGUCCGGCUCAGCAGGCGAAGCUCGUAUGAUAGCAGCCUGAUGUCUUCCAUUCAAGGCUCUGGUCUCUGGAGCUCACCCGUUCGGCGCUCAGCAAGCUCCGCAGGAAGUGUACCCGAACUGGUGCCUUCUCGCCGUAACCGAAAGGAACUUGGUUUUAGUCUGGUUGGGGAUCAACUCUCUGAUCAGAUUGCGUCUCUGCGUGAAGAUAACGAGGACGAUGAUAUCACCCCGCCAGGACAUGCCUUUGAAGGACGGACCUUUUUCGCUUCAGACGAUGAAGCGCCACACAAUGAGAAACGAUCCUCGAACCGCAUCGAGACCGACGUUAAGACGUCUCUGGACCUCGCCCGCCGUGGCUCGCAGCGUGCUAACCACUUGACGGCCGAUGAAGAGCUGGAGGCAUCGCUCGACGUUGCUCGUCAGGACUCACUGCGCUCCAAGCGCCCCUCUGGGCGCACACACAAAUCAGUCCUUUCUGAUGGCGCAGCCAAACUUCUCGCUACUUCCAAUGUCGAGGAAAAGCCAACAAAGCCACGAAGCCGUGCAGCGACUACAUCCCAACCCCGCUCGCCUAUGCUCAGGCUUUUUCCCCAACCACCACGACCCGUAUAA